CUCCCUCCCUCCCCCUUCUUCUCGGGCAUUUAUCGCCUGUUUUCUCCUCAUCAACGUCGACGGUGGCCUUAUAUUUUCUGGGUUGAGCGAGAAUAUCCAAGACGGCUCUGUUCACUUACUUUGUGAUCAUUGACCCGCUUGAUUCGAGUUCGGGAUCUUGGAUUUGAACGAAGCUUUGAGCAGGCUGUAUUAUCAAAGACCGACCAGUCUUGACGCUCGUUCCAAGUUCGUCGCGCUGGCUUCUUGAAGGCAAUCAAUACCCGCCCCCACUCGCAAACCACACUCCUUGACACUACCACUCCUUCAACCUCAAAACUCUCAAUCUCGUCCUGUCUUUCUUCGGCAGCUUCACUCCAUUCGUCUAACUUCAACCUCAUCAUCGCCAUUUUACUUCCCACCUUCAAUAACGAUGCAUAUCGCACACAAGCCCAACCGCUGGCGCUUUCCUGUCGACAAACGUCAGACCUCCGACGAUGCUCCCUCUGCAGCUGGCAUCGCUUCGGCCACCGUAGCCACCGUCUCCGACCAAGAGACCGCAGCCACCCAAUCCCUCCUCCUUGCGGCGACCAAUACCGCUACGGACUCCACUACCAUCGACCCGACCGUUCCUCUCGCAGGCUCAGCCGCAAUCAUGACGCUCACCACCUCCGAUGAGCUGUCGGCGACCUCGACCGCCUCCGCGUCCCCAACAGCAGCCAGCGCUAGCUCGAGUGCGACUUCGGCUAAGCUUUCCUCGGAUCUGUCCAAGCUCUCGGACGGCGCGGUCGUGGGGAUUUGUUUUGGUGUGUUCGCGGUACUGGCGCUGUUGCUCCUCAUCGUGAGGUGGGUGUUGAAGAAGUGGGUGCGGGCGGAUGACCAUGCGAAGGGCGAUGAGAGGAAGACGGAGCCUUGGUCGAAACUUGGGGAAGAUGAUGAUCGGUGGGACGGUAUGGGCCAUGCACCCCCGCAGAGCACGAUCUUCCCUAACGGUCCUGGCGGCGGGGGUAACGCGACUGGUGGCGCCCAACUCGAGAAGAGUCCUAUCGGGACCGUCAAGUCUAAAGCUUCCGACUACGCCGACUUCUCGAUGUUCAAGAAAUCAAACUCAUUGCGUUCGAACGCGCAUUCGACUGAGGAGAAGUCGCCCUCACAUGAGGGCGCCUUCGACGCGACCACCAUGCCCAACUUCGCGAAGUAUACUCCCGAUCUCGCUCAGCAAUUCGCCGAGGACGCCGCUGCCACAUCUGACCGUUCGUACAAGGGCCGUGCCGACGGUGCACCCGUCGUUUCAUGGGACGGCCAAACCGUAGGCGACGAUUCGUUCCUCUCGAUGCGCAGCGUGAGGAUGUCGGAGGCGCCCCUGUCGAGUUCACCUGGGUUCGGUGCGGUGAGGCAGAUGUCGGACGUCACGGUUUCGUCGCCGUUGCACCGUUGGGAGCAGGCAGAGGUCAUCACGCCCAUCGAGACCGAUAUCGGAGAGGCUUCGCAUGGCCAGAAUCCAUUCGCUGACACCGUCCAGGAAGAUCCCAGACGGAGCAUGAGCAAUCCAUUCUUCGGCGCACAGGAGGCUAUGAACCCAUUCGCCGACUCGUCUUCCGCAACCCGCACCCACUCGAACCACCCAGCCAGACGCUCUUCGGUCAAGACGAACGUGAGGAUUGAUUCGGUCAUGAGUGAUCACAGCACGGUUAUGGGACGAGGGGAAGUUCAGCAGCAAAGGACGAUGCAGAAUCUAUUGGCGGCGUUGGACACAGAUGUGCCCAGGGCUAUUCCGGGCGCCGCGACUGGGGACGAUAGGUUGUCCGUGGGCGUGACGCCGAGCAUGAUUUCCGAGUUGUAUACGGCAGAAGAGGGCGACGAUGGGGAGAGUGUCAGCCAUUUCCCGAUGCCACCAACUCCGAAGGCGGCAUGAACGGUUCACUGUAAUUCCCAUUCCCUACCACGUUUAUCCCCAGCUCGUUCAGCCCCAGCCCUGAGUUAACUUAUAUCACUUUCAUGAGAUGCUCUACCCAGCACCUUCGCCGCAAUUGUUUCACCAAACGCACUGAACCCUUCUUGGAGGCCAGCCUCCCUCAUCAACAUCUCUCGUCCUUCCACUUCGCGAACCUCCUGCCUCGGUUGUUACCCCUCUCUUCGUCUUCUUUGUUCCAAAUUAUCCCCCCUCUUCUCCUUAUUCUUUUCUUUCAAUUCUCCAAACGUUGAUGCCCCCUCCUCCGUUCGCCACGCUCGAUACCACAGCCUAUCCUGCCUGCUUGGUUACCCCCAGCUGCUGUCACAGUACGUACUUGUUCUUUUGUUAUACGUUCGUCGUGCCAUGUCAUGCCCUUUUCGUUGCGUUGCGUUUUUUGAUCGUCCUCUGUACACUACUUUACUGGACCGCCGGACCGCUACUUACUUACCUACCUUCCGUCGACACCUCGACCUUCGCAACUACAAGUGUUACAUGCCAUUCCCUCGUUGCCCAAAUACAUACGUCCACCCGCAUGUUCACUUAUCCUCGUCGCAGCGCGUCUGGAAUAUUCCGUAACGGUGCUUGCACCCAUCCAGGUUUGGAGUACGUCGUCGUCAUAUCCCAUCCACCCACUCAUCCACCAACGCAAUGUACAUCGGACCUGCAUUCAAGUUCUCAGUGUUACAAAGAGGCCCAUUCGCCCAUGUCUAUACAUACCAUCGCGACGGGAUGCUUAGCAUUUUGCUAUGUGGAUUUCGGCUUGACAAUGACGGCCUUCGGACAUGGAUACUUUUUUUCUUUCUCUGCUCGGACUUUCUGCAGUACUUCUUUUUGAUUCACGCUCUCCGAUGCUUUCGUUUCUUGUCAUCUUUCGAAUACGCAAUGUUGUUUAUACUUACAUAUG